AUGGCCUCGUUCGUUCCGUCUACCUCCACCAGCAGUGAUCGUCUUACUGCUGCAACUUCGGCCUCCGUGAUGUCACAGCCCUUCUCCAGUAUGAGUGCUCGUAAACAAUCAACGACGGUACCCUCGCCGUCAGGCAACGAGACAUCGAUCUUUUGGGGCCAGUCACAGUCGCAGACAACGAAUUCGCAGACUCUUCAUGGCAUGCAGCCUUCUGCCAGCCAGCAUCAUGCCCCCAGCUCAGUGCCAGCUCAGCCCUCUGAGCGCGCAGGUGCUGCUGCCACCGCACCGUUCCUGAGAGAUUUUACUCUUGUUGCAGAAGCUGCAAAGCGGGCUCAGAUGGCUGUGGUCAUGCGCGACCUAGAAGGCAUUUCUUUAUAA